AUGAUUGAUCCCUUUAUUCCACUACUCCUCUUGUCUCCUUCACCAAGAGUUGUUAAUGUUUCUUCUUUGCUUGGAAAGAUAAAGCUGGUAUCAAAUGAAUGGGCCAUAAAGACUUUAAGUGAUGGAGUAGGCCUUACAGCAGAAAAAGUGGAUGAAGUACUCAAUGAGUUUCUUAAGGACUUCAAGGAGGGCCUAUUAAAAGAAAAGGGCUGGCCCACUAAUAUCGCAGCUUAUAGAGUCUCAAAAGCAGCCAUGAAUGCACACACAAGAAUUUUGGCCCAAAAGUACUCUUCCAUAUGUGUCAACUGCAUUUGCCCAGGCUAUACCAAGACAGACAUUACUUGUAAUACUGGGCCUUUGACUCCACAAGAUGCUGCUGAAGGCCCAAUACUUCUCGCCCUUUUGCCUGAAGAUGGGCCUUCUGGCCAGUUCUUUUACCAGAAAAACAUUCUGACAACAUUCUGA